AUGGUCAACAGACAGAACAGAAAACUUUGUAAACAGAGAAUCGACACAAAUUUUCGGAGUCCUUUUCUUUAAUCGGAUAAAAAUCAUGCCCAGGAAGAAGAAGAGGAAGGUCGGGGAGGGAUUCAUGGCCCUUGCCGAUUUCAAAUUAAAAAAGACAACGGCGAUCAUCACCAAAAUGCGUUCAACCAUCGACCAUUCUGUUUGCGAGAAGCAUCUUCCAAAAAACAUCAAGCACAGAAGAAGGAGGAAUAAAAGGUUUUCUGUGAGGUGCAUUUGGGUGACGAAUCUGCUUCUAAACAAAGGCUUCAAGGUGGACUUUGAACCGACCGACUCCGUCCGCAAGGUGAAGACUUACAUCGAGUCGGCCACAGGAAUCCCGUGGCAGAAGCAGAUCCUUCUUCUGAGUGGCAAGGAUGUUCUGCAGGACACGGACAUGAUGCAGGAGGUGCAAGUCUACAAUGAUAAGUGGCGCAUCUCAGUGACUGUGCCUAACUCUUUUGACUACGUUUCCGUCAGGGACAAGUCGGACAAGACGCAUUUUGUGAUGGAAGUUAACUUCAACAAGAGGGUGUCGUCCAUGUACAAUCAAAUUCGACCCAACUGCAUCGAGAAUAAUGAGCCUGAGGUUCAGUUCAAGCGAAUGCUCUUCUUCCACGGCAGAGUUUUGGAACCGGACCAGCCAAUCAAGUAUUACCACCUGAAAAGGGAAGAUGAGGUGACCCUCGUUCGAUACCCGAACACUUUCCCCCGACAGGUGUUCAUUGAGACUGGUGGUCGUCACAAGGGAGGAGUGCGAGUCGGACCAUUUUUCUGCGACCCCCAGACGAGCAUUUACGACCUCAAGGUCAGGUUCAUCAACACGACCUGCGCGCCCAAGGGUCACUACCGGAUGUUCGCCGGAGGAGAAGAGGUGCAGAAUCACUAUGUGAUGGCCGAACUUGGCAUCCCGAACCACACCACCUUCAGACUUGAAAUGGCCCAUGACCAGCUGACCCACAUGAAGCCAACCAACUACAUUAGGCCUGUGAAUUCCACUGCGACUGCUGAAGACGAGGAAGAGCCGCAGGCAGGACCCUCUUCUCAAGUUGUGCAGGGACAGAUGUGAAAAUUUUCUUGACUGAUGCAAUUCAUACAUUUUUUAAUGUAAAGACUAAUCUCAAUAAUAUAAUAAUAAACAGACGUUGGACAAAUAAAUAAAUGAUAAUAAAUUGUGAACCUAUUAUCGAAAAAAUAAAAUUAUCCACAGUACCUUA